GGGACGGAUGAGUCGUCUACCCUUCGAAAAAAAAUAAAAAAUCACAACAGGGAUUCUGUUACCCAGGCAGGCAGGCAUUUGUCGACUAAACGGCAAGAGAUAUUCGAAAAGACAGCGUCUGCUUCUCAAUUUCAAUUCCGGUACCCCCAUAAAUAUCUGGGCUCCUCCCUCCCCCCUCCGACCAACCCUCAGCAAUUCAAUUUCGGACCUUAUCCUUUCUUCUUUGGCCCCCCCCCUCCCCGUCACUGCUCCCUCUUGGCUAUUGCUGCUCCAUUGCCUGCUCCCCAUUGCUUACCGGUCUACCUGCGCGCAUUACCGUCUUUGGACUCCCAGGGCAAACAAGAAUCUUGGAAGGGCUUGCUUGAGUAACCUCUGGUCGGGUCAGCGAAGGAGGUAGCGGCCAUACGGACCAACUGCCACAAUCGGCCCUUCUUCGGAUACUUCCUCACCGCUACCCAGGUUUAGAGAGGGGUGAGAGGGAAAGCACAGGAUAUCGCGUGCACAACGUUUAGGCAAUACUCGGGGAAAGCAAAGAAAUUCCCAGAUAGGAUACACACCUUUCGAUUCCUAUAUAUCAAUGGCCAUGGUGAUGCAUAGCGGAUAUAGCAGUGGCGACCACCCACCAAGCAUCGUCCCUGCAUACAAGGCCUUCCCCUCUGAGACCCUGGACGAACGAGGCGCCAUCUCCAAGAAAAUCGGGGACAAUCCCUCAACCAGCGAAACCCCCGCCAACCUCAGGCCCUUCGAGUCUCCGUCCGGCUCUCCCAUCGAAUGGAUACCUAGUUAUUCAUCAUUCAUCAAUCGCGCACAGCGGCGUUUGCAGGAUUGUAGUCUUACAAGGGUCCUACCUGCGGGAUUUCCCGCUCGGGUUGACUCGCCACUAACUUGGACUGGUAGUGAACUAAGGAAAGAGGAGUACACGAUCCCGUUGACGGGGGAAGAGAUUCUGGAGAUUGAGAGGGGGUUACGAGAUUUUAAGGGUGAGUGCGCAGCCAUCAUAUUGAGAAGAGUCCUCUUUUCACCAAUUCUAUUACUUUGGUCUCAACACAUAUAAGAUAUAUAUAUAUAUACAUGCGCAACUAUACAUAUUCCCCGUAAAUCAUAUAAUGAUUCCUUGCUACCCCGUUUUCCCCACCCUCCUGCAUAUCUCGAUUUCGCUUUGGUGCCCACCCAAUCCUGCACAUCAAUAUACUUACCCGGAAAUCGCAGAGUCGAAGCUCCCAAUCUCGCUCAUCACCCGCCAAACCUUCCGCCUCCCCACUCUUGGGCCCCGGCUCAUUGGUUUAGGCGCCUCAUUGUACAACGGAAGGGGUUUCUUUGUGCUUCGCGGCCUGAACCCUAAGAGGUACUCAAGCGAAGAAAACGUCCUGAUAUAUGUUGGGAUUUCCUGCUGGGUUGCAGAGAGGCGAGGCAGACAGGACGAGCACAAUAAUAUGCUAUGUGGGGGCUCCUUCUCCGCCCAGUGAAUUAAGCCCGAACGGGCCCCGUACCCGAUAGGCAAAUGUAGAUGAGUUCUUUUUUGGCUGACGGACCAACAAACAGUACAUCUAAUAGAUCUCACCUCGAGUGUCGCCCCCGAUAAUGUCCGUCAAGCCCCCUACUCCAAUGUCCAGCAAGUAUGUAACCCUCCCAGCCUCUCUCGCUGCUUUUUUUCCUUUUUCUUUUCAUCCUGACCACAGCGAACCAUACUAACAAGCUGCAGCCCUACCACACGGACAUUGGCGAUAUACUUGCAUUGUAUACUCUAGGGCAGGCGUAUAAAGGUGGGAGGAGUAAACUGGCGUCGACCGGAGCAAUCUAUAACGAGUUGGCGGAAACAAGACCCGAUCAUAUCGACACUCUCCGAUCUCCUGAGUGGAUCUUUGAUACGUUGGUUGCCAUCACCAAUAAUCACUCGGAGCAAGUCACUUACGAAACAAAAUUUUGAUUUAGAUUCGGAAGAUCCGGUGAACCCUACUACAAACGCCCGUUGUUGUUCAACCAGGGCGGGAAGAUGGUCUUUGCAUUUUCGCGCCGCAUUCUGACAGGUUCCGAAGUCUCGCCUCGCACAAAGGGGAUCCCAGACAUGACAGAAGCGCAAGCAGAUGCACUAGACGCCCUCCACUUCACCGCGGACAAACAUGCGUUGACAUUAGAUGAUGGUCAGCUGGGUGAUAUUCUGUUCUGGAAUAAUAUGAGUAUCGUGCACGCAAGGCAGGGGUUUGUCGACGGCGGUCCGAUGAACCAGAAGCGGCAUCUGCUGAGAUUGUGGUUGCGGAACGAGGAAUUGGCGUGGGAGACUCCGGAGGUGUUGCGCUCGGCGUGGGACGCGGCGUACGCAAGUGAUGACGUCUCAGAAGAGCAAUGGCCUAUUGUACCAAUUAUGGAUCGAGACCACGUGACAACUCAGCGCCGUUCAAGCGGCCACGGUUAG